AUGAAGUGCUCUGAUAACUUUACCUCCAGCGGUAUUGUUUAUGAGCAAUUACUCUCUAACAUUCCACCUAAUUACCUUCAGCAAAUGAAACUAACCCUAUUCAACUACAUCACAAACGUUAUCACAUAUGAACUUGCACGCGAAGAGUCCUUAAUGACAUGUGGGAAUUGUCAAGCUGUUGAUAAAUUACUUUUAUUUAUGAAUGUAUCAGAUGAACCAAUAUCUGCAUUUGGAACAUCAAAAGAUAAUCAUUAUCAAAGAAAAAGCAAAUCUUGGUCACAAUAUGAAGAUCAAAGAUUAAUCGCAGGUGUACAUAAAUUUGGCCCAACAGACUGGACAAAAAUAUCCCAAUUUGUAGGGAAUGGUAGAAAUAGAUGCCAAUGCUCUCAAAGGUGGGCGCGAUCACUAAAUCCUUUAAUUAACAAAACUCUUCGGAAUCAAUUAGAGGAUUUAAAGCUUAUUACUGCUGUUAAUAAAUAUGGAGAUAAAAGCUGGACAAAAGUUUCGAAUGACAUUGCAGGGAGAACUGAUGUGCAAUGCAGAUACAGAUAUCAAAUUAUAUCGAAAAAUCUUUCAAAUGAAUUGGGAAUUAAGCUAUUUGACAAAAUUUCGAAACAUCAUCAGAAGCAAAAAGCUCCAAUUGACAGAUUAGACACAAAAGAUAAUCACACUGAGUACCCAGCAAUGUUGGUCGACCAAAAUGAAAAACUAAGACUAAUUGAUUGGAUCAAUGAAACGACGUCUGAUCCCCAAUCACUUUUCCAUACAAUUUAG